AUGCGAUUUUGGCUCUUUGUGCUCAUUCAGACACUUCUCGUCACUGUUGUGCUGACCCAAUCCGGAGGUGGUGCCACUCCGCCGCCUGAUGCCCAAACUACCGCGGUAGCUGCCGAUGGUAACAGUACUACGCCGGAAGGACCACACGCUGAUUGUUACUUGUGUACCCCAACUGUUCAGUGUGGAGAGACAAUUGAUGGAGAUUAUUCGAGUGGAGAAGUCAACGUUCUUCUCAUGAAACCAAUGGAGGAUGGAGAUUCAUUAGUAGUGAAAGGAGAGGUGUUCCCGAAUGCUCAAAAAAUCUUCAUCGACAUCUUCAAGGAUCUUAGUGUGGGAAAAGCUCAAGAAGGAGGAAACAGUCAACCGGCUCUACUUCAAUUUGAACAUUACUAUGACAGCAAUUUGACAUUCUCCAGAUCUAAACUACGUGGAGAAGCGGAUACAUUCCGUGAGGCGACACUUCCACUUCCAAUCCGAGAGAAGAAACCAUGGACCCUGAUGUUCAGAAUGCAUGAAGAUCUUACUGGAUUCGAGACUGGAGACGAGACUGGAUGGUUCAACAAUCAUAUUCCAUGGAACGCCACUGCUACAACACAAUCAUUCAAUGUUCGUGGAGACUGGAAAACAACUUCGAUUCAAUACAAUUGCGUCAACAGCUCCAUUCCGAUUCUGUAG